AUGAGAAUCAACGUUUUGUCCUUUGGGAUCGCCGUGAUCUAUCUUGGCACGGUAGCAUCGAGUUUAUCAGUUCCCAGAGCACCGCCGCAGUUACCGGCAAAGAAACGUCCACAUGGAUGCGAUUGCUACACAAUCUCCGGGCCCGAUCCGGGAUACUUCCAGCACUACAAGCUCUGGGACUUUCGGGCAGUGGAUUUGAAGAAACAUGCCAAUCUCAAUCUGUCAGAGCCCAUUGAUUAUGGCGACGAGGACUGGGAUGAUGACGAUGACGGCGACGACCAAGUCCCGCAAAACGGCGACCUCUCACCUGGAGUCCAUGAUGUAAAGGAACCGGACCCUAGAUCACUGGUAUUUUACAAAACCUCCUUUGAAAGAGACUGGAGCAGUCAGAACUGGGAACGCCGAGGCUCCCCCAUAGCCCCGGUCCUCAUGAUAAAUUCGAAGCGCAACGUCUUUCUCACCCGAGAUUCUGACCAAAAUGAUACUCAUGCGACGUAUCUUGUUCUGCGCACCACCCGCUUUUCAGAAUACACAUCCACUGCGGAGAUCGAGACUCGCAUACGCAACAUCUACCGGUGCUCGCUGCGUGUCCGGCUGCGUAUAUUGCCAGCAGGCUCCGUCGUAUCGCAACCUCCUCAGCAUAAAGAAUGGCCGCCGCGGGAUCCAAAACGACAUCCCACCGUGCCCUUGAACAAGACGAUUCCGCUCCGUGAUGGCAGACCACCUGACGGCGCUUGUGCUGGCAUAUUCACCUACCAUGACCAAACCUGUGAAUCGGACAUUGAGAUUUUGACGCGGGACCCGUCCCAUCGCGUGCACUAUGCCAAUCAGCCCGAUUAUGAUUUUGCCGCUGAUCAUGAGAUCCCCGGUGCGAGUACCAUUGCCGAUAUACCUGUCCCAUGGACAACGUGGUCCACGCAUCGUCUAGACUGGCUCUCGGACAUGUCACGGUGGUAUGUCAACAAUCAGAUACAGGAUGCCAAAUCAUACAGAGUUCCUGAGUUGGAGAGCAUGCUUAUUAUCAAUCUUUGGAGUGACGGCGGACUCUGGACGGGCGACAUGAGAAUUGGCGAUAGUAUAUACAUGGGCGUCGAAUACAUCGAGCUGGUUUACAACCGUUCUUCUGAUGCUUUCAGGGGCCCUUAUGUGUCUCUUUCGCAGAACCAUGGCGGCCAUCAAAGAACCCCUCCCACAAAUGAUUCUCUUGGCAAUGGGAAUCCAUUGGAGCCGGAUAGGAAGGAGGAAAAGUGCAAGCCUGGCAGGCAGGGCCGCGAGUGCAGAAGAAAGAAGUGGAGGAAUAGGCCUCUUCAUAAAUCUUGUCGGAGACCAUGCAACAUUGAUGAACUCUAG